AUGGCCUCUUCCACGAUUGUUCUUGUCCCUGGAGCUUGGCAUCUGCCAGCCUGCCUGAACCAGCUUCGGGAUGAAUUAAUGAGCCUCGGGCUGGAUUCCGUUGCUGUUACUCACCCGUCCGUUGGCAGCACAUCGCAACCGCCCAAGACCAUGACGGAUGACAGGGCGAACUUACAUGCCGUCAUCAAGAAGCUGGCGGAUGAUGGCCAUCUAGUGACCGUGAUAGCUCACUCCUAUGGUGGUGUGGUUUCCUCGGGCGCAGCACAAGGCUUGGGCCUCGCCGAGCGACGUGCGGCCGGAAAAUCUGGGGGUAUCAUUAAGAUCGUGUAUCUCGCGGCCUUCGCCGUCCCAGCUGGCAUGUCGAUAUUCACUUAUUUUGGAGGGGUCGCGCCAUCCUUCUGGGAGUUCAAGGGCGACCAAACCUACGCGAAUGACCCCGAAAUCAGCAAUCCAGCCAAUCUCUUUUAUAACGACCUUCCUCGGGACGUGCAAGACUACUGGAUCUCCCAGCUUCUUCCCACCACAACAGAGUCUUUCAAGGUCCCUAACACAUACGAACCAUGGAAAGGCAUUCCGUGCACCUACAUUCAUGCCGAGCAGGACAUGGCAUUGCCACUGAAAAUCCAAAAGGCCAUGGUUGCAGGCAUGGGUCCAAUCACAACCGCAAGCCUGGACUCUUCACAUUCGCCGUUUCUGAGCAUGCCUCGUGAGGUUGCGGCGUUGGUCCAGGAAUCAGUCCGGGAAGGCUUGGAGAAGGCGUCAAGUAUUACGGUCGCAUAA